GGCCUUAGUGUUUGCAAUAUACCAUCAAGCCAAAAUCAAACGCUACAUAAUGGAUAGUGACUUUGUGUCGAUUCCGGGUGAUCCUACCAAUACGCAGUUUUCAACUGCAACCAACUCCGCUGAUCCCGUUGGACCUCAAACAGCGUCAUCUGAAAAUAGUAUUGGAAUAGACCAUACGUCGUCCAACAAUACUGGCAAUAGCGGUCCUAGAAUCGUCUAUCUAGAUAGAGUCUGCAGGACUUGUUUAGUAGAAAAGGAUAAGGAUCAGCUCAAAGAUUUAUUCGAAUGUGAACUGGCCGUGACUGUAAUGGGAUGCAUCAAUAUUCCAAUUGAAGAAUCGGAUGGACUACCGAGCCAUAUCUGCUUAGACUGUUUGCACGAAGUAGAACGAAUUUGCAACUUUCGGCAACAGUGUGAACGGUCAGAUAUUGCAAUCCGAAAUUUAAUAGACAAAUCCGUUGUGAUUAAACAAGACAGUCAAACAAAAUAUGAAAUUCUUAAUGUUGUUUUAACUGACGGCAAUGGACACAUGGAGACAUCAGCCGUGGUAGUUCCCAUCGAAGAACUGCGGUUUCAGUUGAUGAAAGGGGGACGUUCGAUAACAGCUGCUUCGGCGGGACUACCUGAGACCAUCAGUAUUCCAUUAACAAUGGAAGAACCGCAACAAUCUAUCGAGCAAAAUAUUCAAACGGGUCUGGAAGCUAGUUUUUCUGUUGCAGAAAACCCACUGGAACAGGACUUAGUUUGUUCCGGAAGUAAAACCUUCGAAGUGGAUCCAAGUGAGUUAUUAAAUGAGCCUGUACCGAAGUUUUCGCCAAAAUCCUCCCAACAAGAAGAAUCGGUGGUUUUAGAAAAUCUCAGAAAGGAAUUAUCCGAGUUCAUUGGAAGCGUUCCUAAGGACCAAGAUUUAGAUGAUAACGAAGACGAUGAGAUGAUUCAUGUGGAUUAUUUAAAAGACGCUCUAACAGAGGAAUAUAUUCAGAAUAUGGAAAAACAGUUGGCUCCAUCUGUCCCCCGAUCAGAUGAUCACGAACAAAAUCGACUCGAGCAAGAAAACCUAGAUAUGAUAAAUGACGAAGAUCAUGAUAAAAACCAUAAGUUGGAGCCGGCUGCAAAAACUAAUCUAAACAAUAAAGAAACAGCAGGAUUACACUGCAAAGUCUGUGAUCAAAAGUUUGAAAAUAACCUGGAGCACAAAAAGCAUUUAAAAACACAUUCGCAGAAACAAUUCAAUUGUACCCAGUGCCCUCGUGCGUUCGCCGAUCAAUCAAAGUUGGAAAGCCAUGCGUCGCGACAUUCCGGAGAAAAGACCCACGCCUGCAACAAAUGCGAGGCACGAUUCCAUGAAAAAUCCAUGCUCCGAGUUCACAUGCGUCGGCACUCGACUGAACGACGCUACAACUGCGAAACGUGUGGAAAACGUUUUAUGACGAAAAGCUUGCUGAACACCCACAAUAAGAUUCAUCUGGGCGAGAAGUCACAUGUCUGUACAGAGUGCGGUAAAGGGUUUACACUAUCGUGGCAAUUGAAGGCACAUACUCGCAUACACACCAACGAAAAGCCUUUCGAAUGUCCAUACUGUCAGAAGCGAUUCAACCAAAAUGGAAAUCUCAUGAUUCACAUACGGUUGCACACGGGCGAGCGGCCUUUCCGGUGUGACCUUUGUGAAAAAGCCUAUCCAAGCCAGGGAGAACUGAGCGGUCAUAUGCGACAGCACACAGGCGAGAAAAAGGUAAAAAAUAUGGUAUGUACUGUCUGCGGGAAGGCCUUUGCCGGUAAAGGUGACCUGAAAAUCCAUAUGCGUACUCAUACGAAAGAAAAACCGUACUCAUGUCAGCAGUGUGGCAAAAGUUUCAUGCUGCAUGUGCAUUUGACGGUUCACAUGCGGUCACAUACGGGGGAAAAGCCCUUCGCAUGCACCAUGUGCGAGAAAGCCUUUGCAACUAACUUCCAACUGAAAAAUCAUACUUAUGUUCACACCGGAGAGAAAAACUACGUCUGUGAUGUAUGCAACCGACGGUUUACUAGUUCGGCCAAUAGGAACACACACCGGAAGACGCAUGACCGAAAAAUUUCCAGACAAAAAUACAUGUUCGUUGGUUGAAGCAGAUAAUUGGAAGCGUAUUUGUUUUAUUUUAAAUCAGCUUGUUUACUUUUAAUCUAUGUCAAAAGAGGGUGAUAUGAUUGUACAAUCUAAUUUGAUUUUAUUUAGCUUCAGAGAUGUUACUUUUAUUGUUAUGUUAUUUUAUUACAUUGUACCUACUUUACUCGUCAAAUUUAUCCAUUUAAUGCAUGUAUUCGAAUCUUUUACAAAAAAAAAACACGUCUAAUAAUCGUGCUGCUGCUAAUCAUUAAAUAAUCUAUUCCUGGCAUGUAGUUUCAUGAAACUAACUCAAGUGAAUCGUACUAUCUGAACAAAUUACGUUCGGAAAAAUUAACGUGCUGCGAAUAUAUAUGAUUUAGAUUUAACUAGAUAGGUAAAGGCUAUCAAACAGUGCUUAUGAAACUAUAUUCAAUAUCUACUAGAUAUAUAACGAUUACCUACAAAGUAUUUUUUAACAUAUAACACUUAUCAGUAGCUUAAAUGCUUAGAAAUGCUUAGAAACGAGUGUGAAAAAUCUUAUGAUUCUAAUUUAUAUCUAGGUCGAGUCACAAAUCUUCCGAUCAUUACGAGGAAUGCUCGAACCACAAAUUUACUAAUAUAUGUACCUAGGUCGUAGCAAUAUCUUGCAAAAACUUUACAAAUGUAUUUGUUGAUACGUGUUAGCUGUAAUUCGUAACAAGACAUCUU